GUCUAUUUUGGUAUCUUUUGAGCUCGCUCUCAGAGCCCCUUGCCACACCAGUGCAUUUGAACAUGGAACUGAGGGCUUGAGACACUCGGGCAGGUUGCAGCAGAUUUUCCUUUGGAUUCUUCACUGAUGUUUUGUGUUUGAUACACCGUCUAGACUGGACAGUUAUGAAAGACACAUCACCAAGGAAGUUUACAUAUCCCACCAACUCCCUUAUGUCGACCUGAGCUGGACAAAAAAACGGAAUUACAAAGCUGCAGGAGCUGUAAAGGAGGCAAGACCGGGGAUGCACGAGACUGAAAGAAGGUUGUUGACAUCAUGAACUGUGUGGAAAAGCGACACAUGAGCCAUCGGGUGGGAAGCAUGCUCCACCAUCGCUUCCCCAACGGUUUCACCGACAUGUUCAUGGACGAGACGGAUCGAGAGGUCAGCACUCUCACCGAUCGAGCCUUCCGAAGUCUCUGCGUUGGAGAUGAGGGGGUUUACAAUGACGAGUUGUCGUACGGAUACUCACCUUUCAGCUGCCACAAACCUUUGGUGGGGGAGCCUCUUAAAAAGACUCAUCACAAGGAAUCUAAAAAGCAAGGGCAAAACAAAACUGACAAGAACUAUGCUCAGCCAUGGAAACAGCAGCACCAGAAGAAUAUGUCCCACAUGUCGUCGUUCCUCAAGGCAUUAAGUGCUACAGAGGAAAGCCGUGAGGGGAUGUUGAUCAAAAAUGGAGGUAUGACAGACUCUAUCGGGGAAUCAUGGGAUAAGUCUGCACUUCGCAGCAUCCAAAGAGAGCUUUCGGAAUUCUCCUCGGAUUAUCACACCAAUCUCACAGGUGGAGAUUACAAGAACCAUCAUCGACAUCAGUCAGGUGAUGGUUCAUCUAACAAAACAGGCAAAGAUGCUGCCAUCAUCUCUGGGAAAUCCCUAAAGAGCAAACAUGGGAAAUCCACUAUCAAACUAAGGAAACUUAACAUCAAAAACUUUUUCCUACACAGUGAGUUUAGUCCUUUCCAAACAUGGAGAGAUUUUAACCGGUUCCCCUUUGGCCAAGAGGACACCUCUAUUCUUCCCACAGAUAGUAUCCCUAAAUGGUGCGACUUGACUUUUUACAAGGAGCUUACAGAGGCACACAGAAAAGAGACUCUGCAUAUAGAGGAGGUGCAGUCAUGCCAGAAAGCAGCAGUUGAGCCCCCUCCUCCCACUGCUCCUAAACCCAUCCCUCCCCCUCCUCCGCCUAAGGUCUUGCCAAAGCCCUCAGCCACUCUGACUGAGAAGAGGUGCUCAUCAGAAAGAGGGGAUGAAAGUGCUGCCCCCUGGAGGCGCAACAGGUCCAGGGCAAAAAGUGUGAUUCCAGUCAAUCAACCUGGGAUACCGCCUCAGGAAAACAAUUUAAAAACAGUAGAUGAAAGUCUUUGGUUGGUCAAAAAGGAGGCUAGAUCUGUGGAGGUGACCGCAGUUGAGGAAGUAAGCUCAUUAGCGUCGACUCCGUUCAGCAUCUGCCAGCUGAUGACUCCAAUCAUUCCCUGCAGACAACCAACGGAAACAUCUGAAAUCUUCUCGCCCUCCUGCCUCGACCUCCCACUAAGACCACACUCUGAAGCCAAACUUACCCCUGAACCUCCAGUCAAGCGGGACGGCUACAAAUCGCUUGCCUCUAGCAUCCUCUUCAACCUCAAAGACAACAGGAAAAGGGUGAAAAGCCGUUACAGCCCUCCUAAAUUCAAAACAUUAGAAGUGCCUGAGGGUGGCACCCAAUCUCCACAAUCAGAUCAUCUGAAAUAUUCUCAAGCUGGCUCUGAAGGCUAUGCAUCUGGCUUAAGCACUCCUGCCAUUUUAACAGACAGACAGACAGUUUGCAGUCCGGUUUUGGAAUCUAUCAACACUCCAACUGUUGGUCAUACCAAAUAUGAUAGUGAGAGACCUCUUUCAGAUGAUUAUUUGUUAUCAAAUCUACUGCAAACCAAAAGGGAGGCUGCAGGUGGUCUUAUUGAGGAGAAUCCCAUCUCCCCCUUAAUACACUCAAAAAAGACCAACAGUCCCAAGGCUAAAAAGCAAAACUACCCAUCUCUAAAUUUGUACAAGAAAGCCGGCCCUGUUGACAGUGAUAUGAAACAUCUUCUAGUCCCCCUGAGCAGCGGUGCCUCUAUGCACAUAGACCAACCAACUGAGGCAAACAAACUUUCUCCACGCACGCUAAACAAAGACCUCUCACCAAAAACACUGCCAACAAACAAAGGGGUUUCACCAAAUACUUUAAAUGGCAACAAAGAUCGUUCACCCCUAACUUCACCCAAUGCACAUGAAAAAGAAGGGUUUUCAUUAAAUGUAUCAGCAGAGAAAAGAGCAUCAAAUGCACCAGACAAAUCAAAAAGACCUGUGAAAGACAUUAAAGAAAAAGACGUUAGCUCUAAGGAAAAAGAUAAUAGUGGCCAACCAAUGAGUACAAUGGAUGUGAUCAGAGCAGCAAGGGAAGCAAUUAACGCAGCCAAAAAUAAAGCUCUAUCUGCAGCUCAGUCAAAUAGCAUCAAUAAGCCCAUUUCAGACACAGAAGACGUAAGGGGGAGAGAAAUAGAUAAAAAGGUUGCAGAUUCUAAAGAAAUGUUUGUCAGCAAGAGUUCAACACCAGAAAACAACAAUAUGUUAUCUCAAAGCAGAAAUGAAGCAGCACUGGUUGGUAAAAAGGGUCAUGUCAAGAAAGAGCCCCCACCAGUUCCAAAGAGAAAUUUUACUAAAUCCGAUUUGAUUCAGCUCUCUCUUGACAAACUGCAAACCCAUUAUGUUGACAAGCUCACUAAUGGUGAUUCAAAAUUAAAUUUACCACCAAGCGAAAAUGAAUUUGACCAGAAACAGGGCAAACUGGAACAUAUAUUCUCAGCCAGACAGAACAAUUACAUAAAAUAUCAGAGAUACGCAGAGACGGGUGAUAAACAAGGAGAGGCGUUUGAGGAAGGUGAUCUGAAAGUAAACCCAAUAAUGGAGGCUGAUGAGGAGACAAUGCCACUCAAAGAAAUGAAAGAUAGUGAGCAUAUAAUUAAUGACUUGAAUGCUCUGAAAGAGCUGCAGAGAGCAAGGCUCGGCGAUCGUGUUCUCGAGAACGCGAAGAACAAAUUAGGUGUUAUGAACAUAGAUGAGGAGGCUAGGGCUAAGAAUCAUUUGAUCUCAAGGGAGCUAAGGAAUAUUAAAAAGGGCAUGCUGUCUAUGAGAGGGAACACAAUGGCUAAAAGAGAACUAUUUGCACAGAGAGAGAAGGAUCAGAGCAAGCAGGAGACUUUCGCAAAGAUAGACAGCAAUGUUGUAGUAAACAAAGCCGUCAUCAAUGACAAUUAUGACAGAGCAAAAAUGGCACUUGAAGAGAUCAUCUCAGACAGGCAGAGAAGAAAGACUAAAUUAACAGAGCAGGACGUAAAUCCAAUAUUUGAUGAGAACGCUGAUGAAAGUUAUGUAACAAGGGUAGAGCAACAUAACAAAGACAUGAAAGAUUCUAUGACGGAGGCCAAGGACAAACAAAAUGGCAGCGAUCUUGCACUAAAAGAGAACGAUUUAAAAGAGAGGUUAGGUGAUCUAAGAGAUAAUAAUCACAUGAGACAGAUCCUGUCUCAAACUGAACCUAAACUUGGUGAGACUCACAGAUCAAGUGGUAGGUUAGCGUUACCUCGCAUUGAAGAAAUGCAUGAUCCGAGCUAUGAAUCAGAAGAGGAGAAUAUCAGGUACGUAGUGGGACAGAUAUCUGAAGAGAAUCUGAUAAACCACAUUGAAGGCAAGAAGGAGGAUGCUCCACCUGUUCCCCCUAGGAGCAAAAAGGGAGGAAGUAGAAGAGAUGGAAGUGUUACUAAGGAGACAGAUAGUUUGAAAGAUGUAGUAGAAGAGGAUAUCUUUAACAGAGAUGUAAAAUAUGAAAAUGUUGAGGUAGGGACAGAGAUGCGGAGUACAGGUGCACAACAAGAAGUAGAGAGUGACCUGUCCAGAGGAGAGGCCUGUCAAAGUGAAACCAGUUCUGUCAGAGAAAGGUUGGAUGUAGUAAACAAUGCCAAUUCAAAAUCCAACACAAUAACUGAUGUAGUUAAAUGUGAGUCUGUUUUACAUUCAUCUGAAAAUGGGUUGUGUUUAUCACCAGAGUUUAGAGGAAAUGAAAAUAAGGCAAAUAACUUGCAAGCACACCUGAGCCCCACAAAGGAAGCCACGAGCAGCAUUGCCAGGACACAGGAAACAUACAAGGUAAAACAGAAGGCUCCUUUAAAACCAGAUCAUUUAAACACACCUCAGGACAAUAUAACAACAAAUGUAGUGGCAGAAGAACCUGACAAAAUAAAUAGAGCUGAUGACAAAAUACAUGUGGAUGCAGAGGAUCUUAGUGAAAUCCCGAGACAUAUAAUAUCUCCCUUACUUCUGGUAAAUGGUAUUAGUGUCAAUCAGAGUCCACCUGAUAAAGCCAGCUUGUCCUCAAAAUCAUCCUACUUCUCUGUGGAAAGUGCAUUGCACAGAAAUACCGAGACAGAGUCAAAUGUUUACCACUCUCCGGAGAACUUGAUUGGAGAGGUAGAGGAGGUCGAUGAGGAGACGCGGAAUAUUUCACAAAACACAAAACAGGUUUUGGACAGAAUGGAAGUUGAAUAUUAUUCUUUAAGUGAUCAUGAAUGCGAGCCAGAGGUUGUAAAACAUCCCAUAAAAUCUCCUCAAAAAGAGACACAAAUGCCGCACAUGGAGAGCAAUGAAAGAAACAAUACCAUAGCAGAUCAAACCUUAGCUCAUGAUGAAGAUAAUCAGACACCAAUGUCCGCCUCCAAUAUCUUCUCACCAACUUUGGGGAUCCCUGCCUUAUUUAAGGUCAAAGAUAACACUUUCAGUAAUAAGUUGAAGUUGAAGACUGUACAACCGUGGUCACCAAGAGGGAGUCUCAGUGGUUCAGAGAAGGGAGAGGAGGUACAGCAAGUGAUGGACAAUCCAGAGCUCCCUCAUGCUGAUGAACACGCCACUAGAGGCAGCACAGCAAUCCCAGAUGAAAUCUUCAAACCUAAAGAGGGUCCUUCGAACAGUUCACCUCCACUGCUGCAGUCUCCUUCAAAACUGCAAAGUGAAAACCCAAAGAAACCACAAGUUGGAGGGUUCCUCGCUGUCCCACAGGAGGAAGACAGAUUGUCUGGGGUUAGUCCAUCAUCUGAAGGAGUGGAGAGCUUAACAGCCAGCACAGCUGAUACUGCUGAUGAGAUGGGAAUGACUACUGGAGUGUCAAAAGUUCCCAGUGAACGGUCUGUGUCCACCUGCAGUGGUAAUGAAAGCCAAACAGGGCUGUCUAAACCACCAGUGGUCUUACCCAAAUCUAAAAAGGCUGUUCUCAAAGCCAUUAAGUUGGCAAAUAGAAGGAUAAAGAAGGAGGAGGCCCAGAAGUCUUCCCACAAGUCGUCUCAAAGCAGCAGCAAACACCGAGGGGACAGACAGAAGAGUGACAAAUCUGAGCACAGAAACAGCAGCAGUAAAAGUAACAAGAGCAGUGAGAGAAAUCACAGAGAAAACACUGAAGAUAGUCACCGUCACAGUGAAAGUCACCACGGCAAAAACAGUGAUGACCAGAGUGAGAACCUACCCUGUGAAAGAAGAAGCCACAACACUGAAAACCACCAUCACGACCGGACAGACGUGCGUCACAAGACCCAAAGACAGAGCCAUGAUUCGGCGGAAAGCAAUAACCAAAACAAUGAAGCGCUACCCAGUGUUGCGACAGAGAGGCAAGGCCGCAGCAGCAACAGACGAGAAAGGCCAGAGCAAAGACACUACAGUAGUGAUAGGGUCAUCAGCAAUGUACCUGUGUACAAAACUCAGCUCAGCGAUAGACCCUCAUCUGACAGGCCAUUCCACCGAUCACAAAGCAUUGACAGGUACUUAGGAGAUAAAGUAGAGCGCAGGCUCAGUGCCGAUACGUCAGUCAAUGAGAAGCUUGAUCCGAGGACCCAGCGCAUUGAAAAAUCCAUCAUGGACGAGUUUCAGCAGAGAGGCAGAGCCAGAGACAAGACAAGCAGAGACAACAUAGUCAGAAGGAGUCACAGUAUCGAUGCGUACCGGCCUCCACCUUCAACCCUCUCCCGGCAGUCAAGCCAAACCAGCCACACCAGCCAGCUUUCUCGCCAGUCUAGCAUUGAGCACACCAUUGUUGCGCAGUCCUUUCCUUUGACCCAACGUAAGGUCCUACAGGAUCCAGACUCCGGGCAGUACUUCUUUGUAGAUAUGCCAAUACAAGUCAAGACAAAAACCUUCUUUGAUCCUGAAACAGGAUGCUAUGUGCAGCUGCCAGUCCACCCACCAGAGGGUGCUGUUCCUCAGGCAUCCCCCUUGGAAGUUUUGACCCCACCUCUGGUUGUUUACCACAGCUUUGUCCCGGUGCCCUUGUCCCCCAUGGCUCAGAAAGCUACCAUACAAGCUCAUCAUAUGGAGCCAAGGUUGAGGCAAAUACACUGUACGGAGGGACAUCCUUAUUUAGAGCCUGUCUACGGCCAACAUGACCACAUGUUAGGGGAGUUUCUAGGCACUGAGGAGCUGGACUGUCCGAGCUGAAAGGCCAUGAGGUUUGAAAGGAAAAAUCCACCCUGAGUUUAGACUGUUUUGCCAAUACCUGUUUAAUAACAGCAUUAAAGCAUUUUAGGGUGGAUUUUAAGCAUCUGAUCCUUGUAGUGCUUUACUUGCCUUAACUUGCAUAGACACACAGAAGCUGCGCAGGCUUUGUGAAGCUACUGAGGCCUCAUUUGGCUCUGUGAGGAGGAACGAGUUCGAUUUGACUGUAAACUGACGGAAGAUAAUUAUUUUGUGAAUUAAUGAUGGUUGUUGUCGAAUGCUGAAUGUGGGUUGGAUAUGUGUAAGAUAAUGUGCAAUUCUUGAGAAAGAUUAGGGACAUGGACAAUCCAUGUACAUAAUGUAUUUGUGUAAACAGAGAGGGUAAGCUUGAAUUUAAAUGUGGAAUAUUUAUUGUAAAUGCUGAGUUUGUUAUAUACAUCGACAGUGGUAUUGGGGUCUCCAUUGCUUUUCAGGUAUUGUGGCUUUUUGUUUUAUUACCUGCAGUUUUGUUUCCUUGAGAUUUUGUUUUUUUCACCAGACAGUUUGCAGUCACUUAAAUCAUCAUUAGAGAUACAAAUAGAACUCACUUUCAAAAAUUCUAUUUCAUUUGUAUGUAUGUUAUUGAUUUGAACUGAUCGUGUUCACACAACGAAAUGAUCAGAAACAUAUUGCAUGCUUUAUCUGAAAUUGCAGUUACACCCGUUGAAUGUGUUUGAUACAAACAAACUUUCGUUUAUACUGUCUAAAAGCUUGAACUGGCAUUGUUGCAAUAAAUGUUUUUUUAAUAUGCAGAGAACAUGAAGGAGAAUCGGUUUUGCAAGUUUGUUGCAUUGGCAUUUUUUUAAACUAGACUAACGCAGGGCUGUAUGGUGUCUGUGAUCCAUUCCAA